AUGGUUAGCAAAAUUCGAUAUUUUGAUAUCAGAUUAAUAUUCUCUUUGCGAAUAACAUCGUCAUCCGUCGAAGAAGCUACAAAGCUGCCUAAAGAAGAAGUCACCAAGCUCCUAGAAUGCCUUUUUGCUAAUGCUAUGCGGUUUUUCGUGUUAUACUGUGUGCAUGCACUAAGAGACCAAGCGGUAGUGAAAAUAUCAAAAACUGGAAGCGCUUUCUACCAUUUGAAGGUUACGGGUUCCGAAGCUGCCCCAUUGAUCGACUAUGAAGUGCAUGCACUCAGUCCAAAGAUACGGUUUUGCAUCUCUGAUGAGAAUAUGAAUGCUUGCAUGCCCUUGAGUGAGAUGUAUAUGCCCACCUUCGACGAUUGGCGUGAUGGAAAUGACUGUGCAUCUCUUCUUUACCAGAUCGCACACCUUCCUGCACCGCAAAUCACUAGACUGUUACUGGGAGAAAGAUUAUACGCAUUAUUGCAGCUCAAUUUCCCCAUAUUCGUAGCUCAAAUGAACGAAUAUGCUAUCUUAAUAAAACGUUUUCAGUCGAAAAAUCGAUAUAGGGGCUACAACUUCGCAACUUCGGAAAAGUAA